AUGGCCAAUAAAUCACACGGUGUACGGCCUGUCCUGGCCGAAGCGUUUUCAGACCCAUUUACUACUGAUAAUGCCUGCAGUUGGCCGGGUCUCGGAGGGAGAGGCAGGCAGCCGUGUAGUGCAGGACUCUGCACUAAUGGCCCCAGAUUGGAUAACUCGUGCAAGGCUCUGGAGAUAACAGAGAUCCUUUACUGCUGGAUGAUGGUGUCUCUCUCUCUGCACACAGGCAUCCGUCCGUACCGGUGUGAUCUGUGUGAGAAAGCCUUCACGCAGCGCUGCUCUCUGGAGUCUCACCUGCGGAAGAUCCACAGCGUGCGGCAGCAGUAUGCGUACCGCCAGCGGCGCUCCAAGAUCUUCGUGUGCGAGGACUGCGGCUUCACCUCCAACCGGCCGGACGAAUACUUCCUCCACGUCAGACAGCAGCACCCGAGCAGCCCGGCACUGCGCCGUUAUUACCGCAAACACAUGCUGGAGAGCCCCGCGCAGCACAGCAUCGCCCCCUUCAUGCUGUACCCCGCCGCAGGACUCUACAUGUGAAGCACCUUUAGUGUGUGUGCAUACCAGCUCUGUUACACUGUAACAAAAAUUACAUCAAGUUUACGGUAAAAAACUGGCAGCUGUGGU